AUGAAAACCCGACAACCGAACGAAUCAAAAUUAUCAGUCGACUCAACGUCCGGUGCCGUCUGUAUUGCAAAAGCUCUCGAUUAUGAAGUUGAAAAAACAGUUCAAGCUGUUAUUGAGGCAAUCGAUCACUUGGGUGCCUCAGCGACCACAGUCGUAAACAUCGAUGUGGAUGAUGUGAAUGAUAAUGUACCCGUUUUCUAUCCCCAAUUCUACAACAUAACAAUUCGAGAAGGCGAUGAUCAUCGAGAUGGCGGUUGGAGAGAAUUGUUGAUAGUACAAGCAAGCGAUUUGGAUAGUGGACUGGGAGGAGAAGUGAGAUAUUCACUGUCGAGUGGUGAGCCGAGUCUUUUCCGCGUUCAUCCAACAACCGGUGCCAUCUCUGCAAGAGAAGCCCUUUCUCGUGGCGAUCACACACUUCAAAUCGAGGCCAUUGAUGGUCUUGGUCGUUCUUCUCAUUCGUCAGCCUUCGUUCAAAUCAGUGUCAUCGCUCAAAUGGCGCUUGCUCCCAUUUUCUCACAAGCGAAAUACGAAUUUCACACAUCGGAGGACAUCCUACCGGGGAUUUCGAUUGGUGGAGUUGAAGCAAGCGGUGGACCGGGAAUUCGAUACUCUAUUUAUAGUGGUGAUCCAGGAAAUCAUUUUACAAUUCACCCAGAAACUGGACGACUCACCGUGGCCAGAUAUCUAGAUGCUGAUAAACAGGACACACUUUUGCUUAAUGUGAAAGCUGAUCUACCGGGAGGACUUUCCAAUCAUACACAAGUACUCAUUCAAAUCGAUGAUCACAAUGACAAUCCACCAGAAUUCCCACAAUCACUCAUUGAAGUCGUUGUAAAAGAAGACACACGACCCCAGCAAACUAUUUUCAUCGUUCAAGCUAUUGAUAAAGAUAAGAGAAAGAAUGGAGAGUUGACGUAUUCGUUGAUUUCAUCAGUUCCACCAGCUCCAAUUCUUGUUCAACCAAUUACUGGACAUUUAGUACUUACUGCUCCUUUAGACUUUGAAAGAAUCAAAGAAUAUCGUCUUCGAGUAAAAGCUCAAGAUCAUGGAAUCCCUCCACGAUCCUCGAAUGUUACUGUUUAUUUAAAAGUUUCAGAUGUAAACGAUAAUAAACCAAUCUUUGAGAAAGAUUUGUAUAAAGGAAAAGUGUUUGAACAUUCGGCAGUUAAAACUCAAAUAAUUCAAGUGAAAGCAAAUGAUCUUGAUUCAGAGGAAAAUGGAAGAAUCGAGUAUAGAAUGGAUGAAUCUGUGAUUGAGUUUGGUGUUGAUAUACGAAAUGGAAUCAUCUUUACAAAGAAAGAUCUUGAUCGUGAGGUUGUUGGUGAGUACAAUGUGACUGUGUACGCUUUUGAUAGUGGAAAUCCAUCAAGAGUUGGUUCAACGAAAGUUUUUAUUGAAAUCCUUGAUAUAAAUGAUCAUUCACCGGAAUGUAUUGAUCAAACGAUCACAAUCACAAGUGAUACAGAUUCUAGAAAACCUCUUGGAGCUUUACUUGCUAUUGAUUUAGAUUCCGGUGAGAAUGGAGCUUUAAUCUAUCGAAGUCAAAGCAAUCAUCCGAAUUUUAUUGUUAAAGGAAAUGGAGAGAUUUUCUUGAGAAAUCCUUUAGGCAAUAGUGUUGAGCAUCGGGUUUCGGUGAUUGUUUCUGAUACUGGAAAGCCUGCUCGAUCAACUGUAUGCCAUUUUGUUAUACGCGUUGUUGAAGGGAAAAGUAAAAUCGAAUUAAAGCGACCAUUUGAAAGUACAAUUCGAAUUGGAAACAAUUGUACAAAUGGUUGUCGCUUGGCACAGAUUAAUGCUACAAAUGUGGCAUUUUGGCAAAUCCAAAGCAACGAACAUUCAACUCUUUUCUCGAUCACUUCAACCGGUAUUCUAUCACUAAGUAAUUCGGUUGAGGCUACGAAAAAUCCAAUUGCAAUCACUCUAAUUCUAUCUGAUGAUGAUGGUCGACAAAUCUUGAUCCCUCUUCGUAUUAUACCAUAUAGAGAUUUUAAUGGUGAACAUAUCUCGAUUUCGAUUCCUCUCAAAACACCAAUUGGUACAAAAUUGAUCGAAAUUGGAGAGAAAUCGAAAUUGGAGAGAGAUGGAGAGAGAGAUCGAUCUUUCUUUUAUAAUCUCUUGAAUAAAACGGAUCUAAUUGAUGUUGAUGAAGUGACGGGCGAUGUAUUUCUCAUUGCAAAACCAAAAACCUAUGCUGGACAAGUGAUUGAUUUUUUCUUUGAGAAAGGAUCCGAAUCCACUUGUGAGACGGCUGUGAAAAUUGUCAGUGUUGAAAUCGAACCCUCUCCAAUCAAACCACGCUUUACUCGAAAUCUUUUUCACACCAAUCUCUCAGAAGCAACGAUUCCAGAUUCAAUCAUCUUUACUCCAAUGUUAGAUGUCUGGCCUAAAACAACAAGUUUCAAGUUGCUUGAAGGCGAUGACUAUUUUAGCAUUGACCCAACGAGAGGAGUUUUAAGUUUGAGUCGACCAAUUGAUUGGAGUGAGACUCCAUCAUUGAUUGCGGUGAUAUCAGCUGAAAAUGAUGGCCUCUCUGCAAGUGCUGCCAUUCUUUUCAAUAUCGAGGACACAAACAAUCACUCGCCUCGAAUCAUUAGUCGAUCAACCGUUCUACUGUCACAUCCAGCCGCUCGCCCUUUACACUUUGUUGUUGGUGUUGAUGAAGACAGUGGAGACAAUUCUCGACUUAUUUACUCUAUUGUAAAUGGUGAUAAAGCAAAUUUUGCUAUCGAUCCAAUAACUGGUGCCAUUUCUUUAAAUCGUCAUAUCAAUGCGGAUCAACAACUCACGAUUCGUGUCACCGAUAAUGGAAAUCCUCCACGUUUUUCUGAACAGAAAAUUGAAAUCAAGUUACAUCAUAGUACAAAAAGAUGGUCAUUUUUCAAGAGGCCUCAUUUCUUUGUUGAACUUGAAACACUCAUUCCUGGAACUCCAGUCAUCGAGUUUUCAUCAACUGGAAAAGAGAAAUUCACUCUCUUGCCGUUUAAAAUCCCGUUUUCUAUUGUAGAGAAAAGUGGUCGAAUCACUGUUUCACAGAAGUUAGAAGAUUAUGAAUACAAUUUAUUAGUUUUUGCUGAGAAUGAUGCUGGUGAAAGUGAUCACACAACGGUGAGAGUCAUUAGAAAACGAAAUGAAAAUAUUGGAGUAAAGAUUAGUUCAGCUUCAUGUGGCAGUACGAUAGUUCGAGAGAAUACACCAGUUUCACACCUUAAACGAAUUGUUGCAACAUCACCAACUGGAAAUGUUACAUAUCAAAUACAAGCCGGCAAUGAUGGAAUGUUCAUUCUUGAAGAGAAAACUGGAUGGCUUUCUUGUAACAAAUUGGAUAGAGAAAUCAAAGAAGAAUACAUUUUAGUCAUUACUGCUAAUGAAGCCAAUAAAUCGGAUACGUGCACUGUACGGAUUCGUGUCGAUGAUGAGAAUGACAAUGCGCCGACGUGGAUUGAAAGUUUUCGAGAUCGAGAAAAUGAAAUGAGAAUUGAUGAUGAGACGCAGUUGAGACAAGAGAUUUUAACUCUAAUUGCUAUGGAUGUUGAUGGAGGUGAGAAUGGGAAACUCGAGUACACGAUCAGUGAAGAUCCCACGCAAUUGCUUGAUAUUGAUCCGAAUUCCGGGAAAAUCUUCUUCGCAAGAGCAUUGCCAGUUUUGACGCAAGAGUCAAAGAUUCGAGUGCGAGUCACCGAUCGUGGUGUUGAGAAAAGGCUUUUCACGGAAAAGACAAUCAUUCUACGAGAUUAUCGAACCCAUUAUGAAGAUCCACCAGAGAAGCCCCAAUUCUUGCGAGAGCACUACGUGGGUAGUGUGGAUGAGGGACAGCCAAGAGGAAGAGAAAUUCUCACAGUCUCCACUCUUCAUUCAUUGCCAUUGUCUUCGCGAGAUUCUCGUAUCACUUACAGCAUUAUUGACGGGAAUCACGACUCUGCUUUCGAGAUUGAUGGUUUUGGAACCAUUCGAACAGCAUUAGAACUGGACAGGGAAAUCCGAUCAUUUUAUGAUUUAAGCAUUUUAGCUGUUGGUCAAUUUUCAGCUCAAGUGAGAACUCGAGUUUCAAUAACUGUCUUGAAUACAAAUGAUAAUGCGCCUUCAUUCGCUGCUAUAAGAAAAAGAAGACUUUCGGAAGGGACAAUGGUUGGCACAUUGAUUACAACGGUGAUCGCGAAUGAUGUUGAUGAGGGAACGAUUCUCGAGUAUUCGAUUCAAAGCGAAUUCAACGAUGAACAGGAAACGAGUGAAAAUCAUUUCUCUAUCGACAGUCGUACCGGUGCCAUCCAUUUGGUGAAAAGACUCGAUCGAGAGAAAUUUGCCGAGAUUUCUUUAAAAAUCAGGGCUUGGGAUGGGAAAUAUACAGCUUAUACAUCACUCUUGAUUGAAGUAAUCGAUGAAAACGAUAAUGCUCCAAUUUUCACUCAACAACUCUACGAGGCUCCAAUUCCAUCAUCGCUAAAAAUCGGCGAAGUGGUGACAGUACUUUCGGCGAUUGAUUACGAUGUGUCAACAGAAUUCUCGAAGAUCAUUUAUUCAAUGCAUGAUCCAGCUGGGAUUUUCGUUAUUGAUUCAAAAACUGGUAUAAUAACAUUGGGAAAGGUGUUGAGUGAGAAUUUGAAAUCGAGUUUUCUUAUUUCGGUGACAGCAAGCGAUCAAGGGAUUCCACCAAAGUCUUCUCACUCAGCUCUUCAAAUAACGCUUAAUGAUAAGACGAAAAUACGGCAACCACAAUUUGAAAUCGAUUUUUACAACUUUACUGCACCUGAGAACACUCCACUUCACCUAGCGAUUGGACGAUUUGGAGUGUCAAGAGUCGAAACCGAUCUCACAUCAUUUCCACUUUACUUUCGAGUUCUUGAUCCAUCCGCUCAACAAUUUUUUGACAUCGAUCGCUUUGGAAACUUGUGGUUAAGACGAGCGUUAACUGACUUUAAAAAGUCGCUUUUCGAAUUCCCGGUUGAUGUAUCGACUGGAUGGCGUGGAUCACUUUCUCAAAACUCUACUGCUCAUGUCACGAUUCAAAUAAUCGACGAAAAUGAUCAUUCACCAAUUUUUCAAUCAAGUGAUCAUCUCAAAAUCCUCUUUCAUGAAGAUUUUCUUGAUGGUCAUCUUUUGACAAAAUUCUCUGUGAUUGAUGAAGAUCUUGGCGAGAAUGGGAGAAUUGGAUUGAGAAUUGUUGCGGGAGAUCAUAUGGAAAGCGUUCAACUUGAUGAAUCGGGAGCACUUUUUUGGAAAGGAGCAGAUAAAAGUCCUCCAAAUGGAUCGCUUGUAAUCGUGGCCACCGAUUUUGGAGUCCCGUCAAGAAGUACAUUGAUGGAAGUACCAUUCUCAGUUGAGAUCUCAAAGUGGAGACUUAGUGCUCCGUUUUUCGCAAUGCCUCAAUACAGAAGACAUGUUCGAGAGGGUCACUCAUCGUUAGGUCUUCUCGGUUCUCAAAUAAUCGCUCAAAUGAAAGCUGUCAAUCGACUUGGUCUCAACAUUUCUUUGCAAUAUUCGCUGAAAGAUCAAGAUCCAAUUUUCUCGAUCGAUCCACUAACUGGAGAAAUCACUUCUCUAGAAGCGCUCGAUUUCGAGAAACAACAAAGACACACAAUGACUGUUUCUGUUACUGAUUCUGGUCGAUCAGCUGUGACUCCAUUAGAAAUCAUUGUGCUUCCGAUUGAUGAAUUCCCACCAAUAUUUCUCAAAUCUUCUUACACUUUCACGUUAUCGAUCGAUGCUGAUCCAGGCACGGAGAUUGGCCAAGUUUUAGCCAUUGAUGGAGACGCUGGAAAUGAUGGAAUUGUUCAUUAUCGAAUAGAAGAGAGAAAAGAAAGUAAAUCGGGAAGAAAUUUCGGAAUUGAUCCAUCAAGUGGACUCAUUCGGUUGAGAACAAAACUUGAUACGAUAAAAAAUGGAACCAUUGAGACAUUGCUGGUGAUUGCUGAGAGUGGGCCUUUGCAAAGGAGUCGGACAACUGUUUUUGUAGAGAUUGGUGGCCUAGUUGGGCAGAAGAAACACGGCUCUCUAUUGAUGUGGAGUAUUUGGGCGGCGAUUGGAGUGCUCAUGAUUUUCCUCUUGAUUCUUCUCAUUCUUUGUGUUUAUCGACACAAAAGGAAGCAAAUUGAGAGUCCGCGUAAACAAGUUUACGCAGUUUCUCGAGGUCAAAUAGCUGUAAUGGCGAAUGUUUCUCGGGAUUCUCCAGUCAAAUCCAGACUCCCAAAUCCAUUGCCAUCAUCGAUGAGCUCAUCAAAUUCGGAAACUCAAAACAUCCGCUCCUCUGGCAUCUCUUCUCGAGAGUUUUUCACGACUCGAUCUCAACCUGACUCUGGAAUUGAUCACGAUACAGUUUCAUUAACGUCAUCAGUAAAUGAAUACCUCCAAUCAUUAGGAGUGAGUAUUCCGACAAAAAACAAAACAAAUCAACGACCAUCACUUGGAUAUUCAAGAGAUGGAGAUUCUCUAAUCUAUGCUCGAUUGGAAGAUAUCGUUAGAUCGGAUCCAUCUCCAGUAACGCGAACAGAGCACUUACGGACUUUUCCCUGCCCCCGUUCAGCGUCUCCAAGCUUUCAACCAUUGACAGAGAUUUUCGCUGAAAUCGAGCGUCUUCAGCGAGAGCCUCCGCCAUCUAAACCAUCGACAAACCUCGCUCGUUUCGUUAACAUC